AUGAAAGACCUGGGAGACUUGAAGUAUUUUCUGGGCAUAGAGUUUGCUAGAUCCAAACAAGGUAUACUAAUGCAUCAAAGGAAAUAUGCAUUAGAACUCAUAUCAGAAGUUGGGUUGUCUGCCGCUAAGCCUGCUGUUACUCCACUAGACAUAAACAUCAAACUGACAACAAAGGAAUUUGAUGAUCACUGCAACAAGACAAAGAAUUCUGGAAGUGAACAACUAGCAGAUCAGAAGGCUUACCAAAGGCUAGUGGGAAAACUUCUCUACUUAACUAUGACUCGACCAGAUAUAUCAUUCAGUGUUCAAACACUAAGUCAAUUUUUUCAACAACCAAAAAGAAGAUCUGUAACUGGUUAUCUGAUUAAACUUGGUAAUUCACUGGUCUCUUGGAAGUCUAAGAAGCAAAUAAUUGUAUCUAGAAGCUCUGCUGAAGCUGAAUACAGAAGUAUUGCAGCUACUGUUGCUGAAAUAGUUUGA